GUAGCGACUCGGGAAGAGGGAAAGGAACCCGCUGCGCUUCGCCAAGGGCAACGCGCACAAACUCCCGACCUCCGCCUCGGGGAAGCUCGGGGCGGCUGCACGUGCGGCCUGGCCCAGGCUCCUCCCCUCCCCGCCCCCUGCCCGGGUGUGGCCUCGCGGCUGCGUUCUCCGUCGCCGAGAUGGCGCUCGACCCGGCAGAGGAGCAUCUCAGACAUGUUGAAAAAGAUGUUUUGAUCCCUAAAAUAAUGAGGGAAAAGGCCCGAGAGAGAUGUUCUGAACAAGUUCAAGAUUUUACCAAAUGUUGCAAGGAAUCUGGAAUCCUUAUGGUAGUAAAAUGCCGGAAAGAAAAUUCUGCAUUAAAAGAAUGUCUAACCGCUUACUAUACUGAUCCUGCCUUUUAUGAAGAAUGUAAAAUGGAAUACCUGAAGGAAAGGGAAGAAUUCAGAAAAACUGGAAUUCCUACCAAGAAAAGGCUACAGAAGCUUCCAACAAGCAUGAGAUUCUGCUCCCUUGAGUCAGCUGUGUUCAUUGGUCAGAAUAAAUUCCAGCAUCUGACACCAAUUCCAUUAAUCACAGACAAGCCUGAAUAAGUGAGUAAGAUAAUAGAAAGACAAAAAUAUAUGGUGAACAGUGAACAUUGUUUAUGUAUGUAUGCUAUUCAGAUAAUAUAGACGAGAUCUGAGAUAUUCUUUUGAGUUUAAGGUGGAUGUUUGAAACUGUCUAUUAAAAAGGUUUCCCACAUGAAACACUUUAUCUCAGGCAAAGGAUGUAUGAAAUCAAGUAAUACAUUUUAUUACUAAUAUUCUUAAUACUGCAGCCCUGAAAGAAUUUAAAUAAGUUUCCAUGUGAAGCAAUCCUUGUUAUUUCCUUGUUUAUAAAUGAUAGGCCACUUAGAAUAAUAAAGUUUGAGGACAUUUUAUAUACUGUAUCGAUAUGGCACAGAAUUUGGUUUCUAUAAUUAAAAUCCUUAAAUCAAUUAAUUAGAAAUCACUCAAUAAGUAACACAUUACAUUUCAAACCAAAAUCUAAUAAUUUAUAAUCUGCUCUACAUAACAAGUGAGUGUACUGUAGACCCUUUGAAGAAAAUUAAUUUAUACAGUUAUACCUUUAGAUUUUCAUUAUGGACCCUGAAGGGACAGAUUAGACUGAAACCUUUCUGAUGCUCUACUUCUAACUGGUUGAUGUAUAGGAUUAUAAUAGUUACUCACACACCACAUA